UUGGUUUCCUCUCAAUGUCUUGAUGAUCAAAAGUCAUUGUUGCUGCAGUUGAAGGGCAGCUUCCAAUAUGAUUCUACUUUGUCAAAUAAAUUGGCAAGAUGGAACCACAACACAAGUGAAUGUUGCAAUUGGAAUGGGGUUACAUGUGACCUCUCUGGUCAUGUGAUUGCCUUGGAACUGGAUGAUGAGAAAAUUUCAAGUGGAAUUGAGAAUGCAAGUGCUCUUUUCAGUCUUCAGUAUCUUGAGAGGCUAAAUUUGGCUUACAACAAGUUCAAUGUUGGCAUACCAGUUGGUAUAGGCAACCUCACCAACUUGACGUACCUGAAUUUAUCCAAUGCCGGUUUUGUUGGCCAAAUUCCUAUGAUGUUAUCAAGGUUAACAAGGCUAGUUACUCUUGAUCUCUCAACUCUUUUCCCUGACUUUGCCCAGCCACUAAAACUAGAGAAUCCCAAUUUGAGUCAUUUCAUUGAGAACUCAACAGAGCUUAGAGAGCUUUACCUUGAUGGGGUUGAUCUCUCAGCUCAGAGGACUGAGUGGUGUCAAUCUUUAUCUUCAUAUUUGCCUAACUUGACUGUCUUGAGCUUGCGUACUUCUCGAAUUUCAGGCCCUAUUGAUGAAUCACUUUCUAAGCUUCACUUUCUCUCUUUCAUCCGUCUUGACCAGAACAAUCUCUCUACCACAGUUCCUGAAUACUUUGCCAAUUUCUCGAACUUGACUACCUUGACCCUCUCCUCUUGUAAUCUGCAAGGAACAUUUCCUGAAAGAAUCUUUCAGGUACCAGUCUUAGAGUUUUUGGACUUGUCAAAUAACAAAUUGCUUAGUGGUAGUAUUCCGAUUUUUCCUCAAAUUGGAUCAUUGAGGACGAUAUCACUAAGCUACACCAAGUUUUCUGGUUCAUUACCAGACACCAUUUCGAACCUUCAAAACCUAUCCAGGUUAGAGCUCUCCAACUGCAAUUUCAGUGAACCAAUACCUUCUACACUGGCGAACCUUACCAAUCUUGUUUAUUUAGAUUUCUCCUUCAACAAUUUCACUGGUUCCCUCCCAUAUUUCCAAGGGGCCAAGAAACUCAUCUACUUGGACCUUUCACGUAAUGGUCUAACUGGUCUCUUGUCUAGAGCUCAUUUUGAAGGACUCUCAGAGCUUGUCCACAUUAAUUUAGGGAACAAUUCACUCAACGGGAGCCUUCCUGCAUAUAUAUUUGAGCUCCCCUCGUUGCAGCAGCUUUUUCUUUACAGCAAUCAAUUUGUUGGCCAAGUCGACGAAUUCCGCAACGCAUCCUCCUCUCCGUUGGAUACAGUUGACUUGAGAAACAACCACCUGAAUGGAUCGAUUCCGAAGUCCAUGUUUGAAAUUGAAAGGCUUAAGGUGCUCUCACUUUCUUCCAACUUCUUUAGAGGGACAGUGCCCCUUGACCUCAUUGGGAGGCUGAGCAACCUUUCAAGACUGGAGCUUUCUUACAAUAACUUGACUGUUGAUGCAAGUAGCAGCAAUUCAACCUCUUACACAUUUCCCCAGUUGAACAUAUUGAAAUUAGCGUCUUGUCGGCUGCAAAAGUUCCCCGAUCUCAAGAAUCAGUCAAGGAUGAUGCACUUAGACCUUUCAGACAACCAAAUAUUGGGGGCAAUACCAAAUUGGAUCUGGGGAAUUGGUGGUGGAGGUCUUGCCCACCUGAAUCUUUCAUUCAAUCAGCUGGAGUACGUGGAACAGCCUUACACUGCUUCCAGCAAUCUUGUAGUCCUUGAUUUGCAUUCCAACAGUUUAAAAGAUAUUGGAAGAUCUCUUGGUUUUGCCUCCUUUUUCUCGGUAGCAAACAAUAGCAUCACUGGAAUAAUUCCUGAAUCCAUAUGCAACGUCAGCUACCUUCAAGUUCUUGAUUUCUCUAACAAUGCCUUGAGUGGAACAAUACCACCAUGUCUACUGGAAUAUAGUACAAAACUUGGAGUGCUGAAUCUAGGGAACAAUAGACUCCAUGGUGUUAUACCAGAUUCAUUUCCAAUUGGUUGUGCUCUAAUAACUUUAGACCUCAGCAGGAAUAUCUUUGAAGGGAAGCUACCAAAAUCGCUUGUCAACUGCACGUUGUUGGAGGUCCUGAAUGUUGGAAAUAACAGUCUUGUUGAUCGUUUCCCAUGCAUGUUGAGGAACUCAACCAGCCUGAAGGUCCUAGUCUUGCGCUCCAAUAAAUUCAAAGGAAAUCUUACGUGUAAUAUAACCAAACAUAGCUGGAAGAAUCUCCAGAUCAUAGAUAUAGCUUCCAACAAUUUUAAUGGUAUGUUGAAUGCAGAAUGCUUUACAAAUUGGAGAGGAAUGAUGGUUGCAAAAGAUUACGUGGAGACAGGACGCAAUCAUAUCCAGUAUGAGUUCUUACAACUAAGUAACUUGUACUAUCAGGAUACAGUGACAUUAACCAUCAAAGGCAUGGAGCUGGAGCUUGUGAAGAUUCUUAGGGUCUUCACAUCUAUUGAUUUCUCUUCCAAUAGAUUUCAAGGAAAGAUACCAGAUACUGUUGGGGAUCUUAGCUCACUUUAUGUUUUGAACCUGUCACACAAUGCCCUCGAGGGACCAAUUCCAAAAUCAAUUGGGAAGCUACAAAUGCUUGAAUCACUAGACCUGUCAAGAAACCACCUGUCCGGGGAGAUCCCCUCAGAGCUUUCAAGUCUCACAUUCUUAGCAGUUUUGAACUUAUCAUUCAACAAUUUGUUUGGAAAAAUCCCUCAAAGUAAUCAAUUUGAAACAUUCUCAGCAGAAUCCUUUGAAGGAAAUAGAGGCCUAUGCGGGCUCCCUCUUAACGUCACUUGCAAAAGCGAUACUUCAGAGUUGAAACCAGCACCAAGUUCUCAAGAUGACUCUUAUGAUUGGCAGUUCAUAUUUACGGGUGUGGGAUAUGGAGUAGGGGCAGCAAUCUCCAUUGCACCUCUGUUGUUUUACAAGCAAGGAAACAAAUACUUUGACAAACAUUUGGAGAGAAUGCUUAAACUGAUGUUUCCUAGAUACUGGUUCAGUUACACCAGAUUUGACCCUGGGAAGGUUGUGGCUGUGGAACACUAUGAAGAUGAGACCCCAGAUGACACCGAAGAUGACGAUGAGGGGGGAAAAGAAGCAUCUCUUGGGCGUUAUUGUGUCUUCUGUAGUAAACUUGAUUUUCAGAAAAAGGAAGCAAUGCAUGAUCCAAAAUGCACUUGUCAUAUGUCAUCAUCCCCCAAUUCUUUUCCUCCUACGCCGUCCUCUUCUUCACCUUUAUUAGUCAUAUAUCACAAAAAGUUUUGAUUCUUAAGCUUCUUCAUAUCUGCACAUUUGUAAUCUGUAUAUAGUUACAGGUAGCACAGGAUUGAUCCAAAGCAAAUUAAUGUCUCUUUUGAAGUCAUUUAUUAAUUAUCAUCUGUUAUUGUUCAA